AUGAAAGAUCGUUUAAAAACUGAACUCGAAAGAAUGGAAUCAAUCGGAGCGAUAACAAAUGUCACGGAACCCACAGAAUGGGUUAAUAGCUAUGUCAUCACAGAACGGAAGAACAAGAAAAUUCGCGUGUGCCUGGAUCCGAGAGAUCUAAAUAAGGCGAUAAAACGCGAACAUUAUCCGAUGAAAACGGUAGAAGAAAUCGCUGCACAACUGAACGGUGCGCAAGUUUUCAGCACGUUAGACGCAUCUUCCGGGUUUUGGCAUGUCAAGCUCGACGAGAACAGCUCCAAAUUGACGACAUUCAACACCCCAUUCGGACGAUAUCGCUUCCUAAGAAUGCCAUUUGGCAUAAACUCGGCCAGCGAAGUUUUCCAGAGGAGAAUGAGCCAGGCAUUUGAGGACAUUGACGGUGUGGAAGUCAUCGUAGACGACAUUUUAAUUUGGGGUAAAGACGAGGCAGAACAUAAUGAUC